UUAAAAUUUGAUGUAGGAAGUAUUUUUUGUUAUGCCUCACAGCGUACAUUUUAUAUCUAAAUUGUAUCAAGGUUGAUUUUCUUUUACAUCAGCGUUAAGAAAGACUGGAUUAACAUGGAACACUGAUAAUAGGAAUAUGUAAACGUGCCAGCAAGUAUAAAGAUGCAUCAAGACGAGCCGGUAGAAAAUUCCAGUAAAAAUGACCAACGUCCAUAUCAGCACUACUCAAGAGACGUAGUUGAACAUUCAGAUCACGAAACGAAACAGAUAUUGAAUCGUAGUGUUAAAGCUCAUGCAACAGGUAAAAUCAAACCAAAAGCCAAUUGUCGUUCAAAGGUUCAAACAAGUGUAUACGUUAAUGAUUUAUACGAACAACCUGUAUGCGAAAGUCCAGUUACUAUUGUAUCUGGAUCAACAGUCCAAGGUUUACAACAUUCACUAUGGAGGCCUACUGAUACACCCACUAUAAAAUCUCACGCAUUUGUGGAAAGCAAUUCUUUGCAUGACAAUAAUGGUGGUUUCAAUCGACCAGUGGGCAGCAAUAUGAUUCAUAACAGUUAUUCGUAUCACCAAACCGAACCGAUUGCAUCACACCCAUCCUUAGAUCAAAGACAAAAUCACAAUUUCAAAGUUGGUUUAGUGGAAAGCUCUAUAAAUCAUGGAUAUAGCAUGAAUAAUAGGUGUGGUUAUUCUCAAAACAUGUUUGUAUCAGAUAGACACCAAUCGAGUCAACGUCUUAAUGAAUCUCAUAAAUUUCUAACUGCAAAACAACAAUGCUGCGAUAUGUCAGCCAUAUGUCAACAUAACCAGAGAAAAUACGAAACUGCACCUUAUAUGUCAUAUACUGAUUACCUUAUGGAAUAUUCAAAAGCUUUAUGUUGUAUGCAGAAUAAAAUGUUGUUACAAGAUGCAGACCGUCGUUCAAAAAUAGCUACAAUAGAUAGAAACGAUACGUUAUCAACACAAAGUAGAUACUAUGCUCACUCAAAUCAAAGCAAGAUUAACAAAUUUACUGAACUAGGACGUGUUGAUUGUAAAAGGUUGACUGAUGCAGCAAUACAAACUCAUCAGAACGAGGCAAAUAACUUAAACAAAAACAGAAUAUUACAAAACAAACAAGGCUCCCAUAUUAUUUUACAUUCAGGUGGGUUGCCUGAUAGAUCAUACAUGUUUCAAGAUAACACUCAUGUGAUGCCACAUAAUCAAACGAUGAGCAGAGAAAAGAAAGGCCAAUUAAUUCAAGAAGGACAAUUCGUGACUAGUGUACAGCAAGACAAGGAUACAGUAAAUUCAAUAAAAGAUUCAUAUCCAAGGAAUGUACAACACGUAGGACCUAAAUGUACCACCAGUUCAUCUCAUUACCCAUCAAUAUGUCCUUUAUACACACGCAAUGAAAAAGAAAAUAAAUACGGAAGCAAAAGUCAGAUUAAAAGUUAUGAAAUGUGUACAGGAACCAAAAGUUCAUAUGAUAAGGAAAAGAUGGAGAAUAUAAACAGUAUAUCUGGGGAAAGAAACGAAAAUUACACUCGCAUAAAUACUAUUGCUACAGUGAUGCAAAAUGGCGUAGAUGACCAUUCUUCAAGUAAUUUGAAAUAUAGAAAAUCAGCUGUGACUUCAGUAAUGUACCAGACGGUACGCGAAAAACAAUUUUCGCCAAAGCAAAGAAUGCUUCAAAAGUUUCAACAUGACAUAAAAAGUCCAAAUACAUUUGCGAGAGAAAUAGAUGACACAGAUGAAGACAUCUCCAAGGAAAAUACAUUUCAGCAUCAGAUGACAGUUAAGCAUUUGCAAACAAACGACCAGUUAAAUAGCUCUAAUUCAAUAUGUUUACCUAACGCAAUAAGAGAGACUAAAAAUUGUAAAGGAAAGCUAAUAGGAGGUUCAAAUUAUUUAACUCUAGAUGCGAAUGUUGGAGGUAAUUCACUAAAUGAUGAGCUUGACGAAUCAUGCGCAUCAAGCAAUGAAAUGAUUACAACAGAGAGACUUACAGUGAAGCAAAAUGAAACAAAAACAUAUGAAAAUGACAGCAAUGAGAACACUGAAAAACGAACACAAAAGAGACAAGAAGGAGAUAUGAAGGAUUCAAAAAUUGAAAAAGUUACUUUUAAUUCAAAAUUUGACGAUAAUAUUAAAAUUUCGUCAGACUCAAAUCCAGAAACGGGUUUACGCAACUGGUCACUGAUUCAAAAAACUGAUCCGACUUCAAAAUGUGAUGAUGUCGAAAUCAAAAAGCAACACUUGAUCACAAAGCCAGAGGAUCAGCUGAUUACGUUGACACAAAAAUCAGAAAUUAUGAGUGAAGGUUCCGUGAAACCGAUCUAUGAAACAUUAAAAGAUGGUUGCACAAAAGUAUCCGAAAAUAAUAGUACACAGAAACUUUCAUCUUCGUCAACUAAGACACAGGAAAUUGAUGUGGAUUCAUCCGUUACCGAAGCAGUAUUAACUGGAAACCAAAUGAAUAGAAACAAAGAAUCAACAACUGCUAUUGUCGACGAAACUAUUUCUGCGACCCCUGAUGAAACAUUGUUAGAUUCAUAUACUGUAGAAGAAUCGUUGCUUCUGGAGUCAGUACCUUUGUGUGACUCAAUCUCCUUAUCUUUAAACCCAACCGUAAAUGAAUGGUCUGACGUACCAAUAACUGUAGGCGAAUCGGUUUCUGACAUUUUUAUUCAGUCCGACAAAAGUGAUGUGGUGAAUUCGGAUACUUGUCCAAACAAAGAGACUGAAGUGAUAGAAUCUAAUUCCGCUAUAGAAUAUACAGUUUCGAAAAAGGAUGGAGCGGUUGAAGUAGGUGAAUUAAAUAUUAAUGAUUCACAACAAAUAGACAAUCAUAUCAAAUAUUAUAUUAUUGAAAAUGAAAAUAUUGAUGACAAAGAUGAUAAUAAAAAAAUUAUUUCCAUUCAACACCAGCUUUCGUCAGCAAAUAACGAAUUGGACACAACAACCGAAACAAUAGCCAGUGAUAUUGGCUCAGUAGUUAAAACUGAUCAAGUAUCCUUAGAAAACAAAAGUGUAUUUAAUACAAUCUCAACAUUUCACGAAUCAAACAAAGAUCUGCCGAAAUCUGCUGACGGUGCUGAAAAUGUAGGCAACAAUGAAUACGAAAAAAACGAAUCUAAAAGAGAAUGUGUUGUUCAUGACAAUGGUUAUGAAUUGCUUUUAGAAACAAAACCUUCAGAAAAGCCUAUUGAUGGGUUUCAAAAUAUUUCUUUACAGACAGAAAUUGUAAACGUUUGCACCGAUGGGCAGGUCGGGGAUGACUCGUUUUUUGACUGCAUAGAAACAGAAGAAAGCUCUUUUUACCGUACAUGUGUUGAUGAGGAAGAACCUGAGAAAACUGAUAUCGUGUUUCAAAAUCUUGCCGCGCAGUCUACUUUUACCAAUGAACAAGAUUGUUAUUUGUUAGAUGCAAAGAUAGAUAAACAUUCGUCAGAUCAUGAAUGUUUUAAAUCGCUAGAGGAAACCAUCGUGCAGCAUUUAAAUAAGAGUAUCGAAAUAAUUAGUCAAAGUCCACCUCAAACCGUUGAUUCAACAAAUAUUAUGCAAAUACAGAAAAAUUUAGAAUGUUUCAAUCAGCGAAUUCAAUCUGCACCAAAUGAUGAGCUUCCUUUAUCACAUUCUCGUAAAGUUAUUUGGGAUAUUUUGCAGCUAUGCGGUUCAUGUAUGAUAGUCUCACAAGUAGCACUCGAUCGUUUAAAAUCAUUGGUUGGUCAAACAGUAAAAAAUCAACUCGGGUUUUACCCUGAUAUGUUUAUCGAUACUUUAACUAUAUUGUUUAAGCAAGCAUCAAUCGCCUCAACCAUGGCGUCAAAUAUCAGUGACGACCUGUUCUUUGAACUUUCAGGCGACAAUAGUGAUAAUGAUUCACCUAUAGCAACAGAGAAGCCUCUUUCUACAUAUAAUACACCAACACUAUCAAAUGGCGAAUCUCGUGACAAUAGUGAUAAUGAUUCACCUAUAGCAACAGAAAAACCUCUUCCUACAGAUAAUACACCAACGCUACCAAAUGGCGAAUCUCGUGACAAUAGUGAUAAUGAUUCACAUAUAGCAACAGAGAAACCUCUUCCUACAGAUAAUACAUCAACAAUGCCGAAUGGCGAAUCUCGUGACAAUAGUGAUAAUGAUUCACUUAUAGCAACAGAGAAACCUCUACCUACAGAUAAUACACCAACAAUACCGAAUGGCGAAUCUCGUGACAAUAGUGAUAAUGAUGCACCCAUAGCAACAGAGAAACCUCCUCCUAUAGAUAGUACACCAACACUACCAAAUGGCGAAUAUCAUGACAAUAGUGAAAUAUUAUCAGAACAAGGAAAUUCAAUUAAUCAGCAUGAAAUAUCAUCUGUAUGUGCAAAAGAAGGAACGAAAUCGUAUGAAAACAACAAGCUACCUUGUUUUAAUAGCAAUGAGGUUACAAUAUCUGCUACCGAAUUUUCAGAAAAGCACCAAAAUCCUGAACUUGAAUGUGAAGAUGAAUAUGUCGAUAGUCAAAGUCCAAAUGGAACAUUAAUAUCGUUAACAAACACUAAAGAUCAGCUUGAUUUGAUGAAUAGUGAAACUAGACAAAGGCCAAAUAGAACAAACAUCUCAUUUCUAAACACAAAAGAUCACACUGAUUUGACAAAUGAUGAAGCGAUUUUAGAUAAUCAUUUGAAUAAAGAAAAACGAUAUGAAUCAACAAAGGACAAUGUAAAACCGGCAGAACUUUUAACUUUUGAAGGACAAAAGGAUAGUACAGCAGAAGUAAAAGCAGAUAGAAAUACGAUGUUUACCUAUCGUAAUGAAUAUUUUGAAUACAAAAGAAAACGAAAAAUCAAAAGACUUAGCGAGACAACAAUACAUAGAAGCCGACAGCCGAAAAGAGAUUUCUAUUGCAAAAGACGACCAAGAUCAUCAAACUUCGGAAAUUCAAAGUCCUGUCGUAAAUUAAAGAAAGAUUUAUUUGAAUUAGGCUCAUCGGAAAUUUUCCAUGGAAUUAAAGUUCCAAGUUCUAUAGUACUGAACUACAACGAAGCUAGUCAAUUCUGUUGCCAUGUUGUCUUAACAAGAACUCCAGUUACUCAUACAAAGUUGGUUUCACAUGACCGGAAACGGUCAAUCUGUAAUCAACAGAAAUCAAAUGCAGACAAAUGGAGAGAGUCCAAUAAACAUGCUAACCUUGCAAAACAUGAAAGGUGCUUGAAUAGAAGUUCAUCAGAUAGUAAUUUGAUAAGCAAAUUCCUUGAAAAUAGUUAUAAAGGCAAUGAAUAUUUUAAGUCAUUUCAAUCAAAAUCAGAAAAUAGUAUGAAAGUUGGACAAGCAUUGACUUCCACGAAUGUUACUGAAAAAACCCACACCGUUAAUAGUAUAGAAAAUCAAUCAAAUGAACGAUCAGCAUCAGCAAAUGAAACGGAAAGAAUAUUCCAUGACGAUUGCGAAAAAUCUAAACGGAAAGAACACGAAAUUGAGCAAAAUAUAUGUCAAAGCUACUCAAUAAAUAGUAAGGAUAACUCUUAUUCAUUACAUAACUGUUCAUCUGAAAAUAUAUUACCAGAAAAUUCAAGUCCAAAAACAGAAUAUGAAAUUGUCAAAAAAAAUCCUGUACUCGAUUGUGUUGUUAAAACUAACUCAGAGAAUAGAGAAUCUCGUUCUCACCCAAAAUUAGUACCGGAAUUAUAUCUUAGAAAAGUUAUGAACAAAAUUUCAAGAUCUGAAAAUAUUAAUGACAGCAAUGUGAACUCCAAUAAAACGUACGAAGAGAAAUAUUUUACGAAUGACGAACCAAAAUCAACUGAAAAUAGUUCAUAUUUGGGCCUUUCUCCCAAAGUAAAUGUAGAUGUCGUGCAAAAUGAUAAAUCUAGUGUUCAGUACGAAGUGUUGCAGGAAGAGAAAAAAAGUGUCGGUAAUAAGGAAAAUGAGAAAUCACAUGCUAAGAACUAUAAACACAGUAAUACAUUGCCAGGGAAACCAAUAUCUAAGGAGAGUAUUCGUUCACACAGAAAACUAUCAUUUGAAGAAGAAAUAUCUAGGCUUGAUUUUCCUAAUUCUAGAAAAAAGUAUGUAAAGGGGAAAACAUCUGAUAAAGGCAAUGGCGUGCUUCCGUGGGAAAAUGCAAAAUGUUCAGAAGAAAGGAUGAGAAUGAAUGGAGAUAGUCACACAUUUGCAAAGGGUGAUUAUAUAACUAAUAAAAUCAGUGCUUGUGAACGACAAAAUCAGAAUUCAGCAACAGACUCACACAGUAUCAACAAAAGUAGCACACAUGAAAACUGCAAAAAUGAGGAUGUCAUACACAAAACUUCUGCACAUUUGGUAACAAAUUUAAAGGAUGCCAUGAAUGACCAAAGACACAAAACAAGAAAUCAUAAAAAGACAACUAAACCUUCAAAUGACAAAGAAAUGGUCACACGUACAACAGUCAAGCAGGCGUCUUGUCCUCAAGAUCAUUUUGAAAAGAUGAGGAUGUCUUUGGAAAAAAAAUUAGGCAGUGACUUACCAAAAUGUCAGAAUCAAAGUUUUGUUAAGGGGCUUGUGACAAGUUUGCGAAAGAAGUUAUGUAACCAAACACCCAUUAAACCUAACAAAGUGAAUACACAGUCUUCUCGAAACGACAGCGAUAGCUCUGCACAAUUAUUCUGUAGAACACAGUUAAAACGCAAACUUUCGGGUACGACAGACCAAUUGUCUCUCAAUAUACAGACAAUAAAGGAUAUUGAUAAAAAAUACAAAAAUGAAGACCAAAACGAGCAUAUAGUAGCACAGGAUAGUAAGGCAGAUAAUUCAAAUGGUACUAUUAAAAAAAGUCAAAUACAAGAGAACAUUGAAGACAAUGCCAAUAUGAAACAGCGACAUGAUCAUGUAACGAAGAAUAGAAAGAGGGAUGAUAAACAAAUUAAAGUUCAGUUAUCUUGCAAGGAAAGAAAAGACUCCAGACCAAAUGCUACACAAAAAUUAAAAAUGCAAAAGUCGACAAAGCGGUUAUCUUCAGAGCGUAUUUCAGCAAGUGAGGGUAGCCCUACCAAAAAAUAUAAGACAUAUAAUAAAGUGAAGCAAAUGUGUCAAAAUGAAAGCAAAGGCAAACAAAAGCAUAAAUCACAGAGGCAACAUGAAAACCUUUCACUUGGCAAUUCAAAAUCUAGAAUGACUAUUGAAAAAGUAGAAGCAAACAAACAAUUUGAAAAUCAAGUUUGCCAACGUACUGUUCAAAGAGUAUUUCAUGAUCAGAAAGGAGAAAGACGAAACAGUCGUCAAAAACAAGCACCGAAUGAAAAGCCUAACGAAACAAAUAAAUUACAAGAAGAUGUUGGCAAUACCAUAAACGUGAAUUUAAAACAUAUUGACGAACAUUCACGAUAUAUAUCAACGAAACAAGAGGAUGAGAUUUCUAGGAUUGGAAAAUGGUCGAAGCUGUCAGAUAUUUACAAUGUCCAGCCGUUAGAAACAAGUGACGAAGAGGAAGACCAUACAGCAGAUACCAGCAUUUUGUUUUCACCAAUUCGAUUUCACACCGAAUCAGGCGAUGAUUUGCCGUCUUUAAGUCUUCCUUCUAAGAAGUGGAAAAACAACAGGCACAUUGCUAAAAGAUGUCACAGAGUUGAUAUGAAUACCCACAAAGAAAUUCAGAAAAUUUUACGAGAGGUGGUGCCUUCGACUUGUAACGAUCGAAAAAAUAAUGAUGCCGAUGAUGACGACGAUGACGCUAAAACAGUUACCGAUUUUAGUUACUUAGAACCAAAACAGAAAAUCAAACUAAAGAAAAGAUGGAAUAAAAUUUGUCUUACAAACAAGAAAUCUCAAAUAUACUCGCCUCAGGAAUAUUUGAUGGCUGCAGGAAGCAGUGUAAAUGAACAAGUCGAUGAGAAGGAUUUGCAAUUAAAUUUUCCAGGGAAAAAUUUAAAAGAACCCUAUUCAAGGAAUAACCCGUCGUCAAAGUGUAUAGAAAGCAACGUAAAGAACCACUCUAUUAACAGUGGUGUUUUGUCAAGCUGUGAAGAAAUAGGCAGUAAAGAGCAGUCCAUCGAGAUUGAUUUACCUUUAAACUGUGCGGAAGUCAUCACUAAAGGACAGUCUUGUAAGAAUGGUUUACAAACACAGUGUUUAUCAAAGAAAAAAGGAAUUGAUCUUAUUACAUCUGAACGAGAAGUCAUACCUACUUACAGAAAGAGAGGGCUUGUAUGUGUACAGGAAUGUUUUACUGUGUUAGACAAAGUUUAUAACCACAAGCUAAGUGAACCUUUCCGUCAGGAGGUUAAAUCUAAAGAUGUACCUGACUACUAUAAAAUUAUAAAGAGAGGAAUGUGCUACGACAUGGUUGCUCAUAAGUUACGUAAUGGUUUCUACAGUCAGGUGGAGGAAUUUGUCGAUGACAUGAGAUUAGUUUAUAGUAACUGCUACCAGUUCCAUGAGAAAAAUAGUGAAAUAUAUAUGGCUGGAGUUGAAAUGGAAGCCUUCUUUGACAAAAAGAUGUUAGAAACCUUUCCGUCCUUCAAAAUGUCCAUGUGAUUACCUAGCAAUAUAAGAGAUCUAAAUCGAGCAGUAUUUUAACGGUUUUAAUACAAAAUUAUCAGCUGAUAACAAUGUAUUUUUUUGUAAUAUUUUAUGUCAUUUUUUUUAUAUCAUUAGAAAAAUAAUGCACUAACUAUAUGUAAGCAAGCAGGAAACAUUUUAAGUGACUUUUUUUUCUAAAAAGGAUGAAUUUAGCAAUAGAAACUUCCUGUUUAAUGUAUUGUUUUUAUAUUUUUUUGGUUUUUUGUUAAAUAUUUAUUUAAACAAAAGGCUUAUGAUGAGUACUUGUUGAGAUCAAGUACUUCCGGUUUCCUGUAGGGAAGUAUUAAUAUAAGUAUUAUAAUUCAUAUGCAAAGGCUAAAAUUCACGUCAUAUUUUUUAUCUAAAAUAUCGAAUAAAUGAAUACAAAAUAUCCCAUUAUUUGUGCAAAGUUACAUGUGUAAGUAUUGUCAAUAAUUUCACAGUAUCAAUUUAGAAAGAUGUUCUUGUUGACUUACAAUAGUGUUUUAAGCCAGGAAGUUUUUUUGGUGCUCAGCAGUCAGCAUACUUGCUGUAACAAUAGUAAAAAAAGUCAUUCUUUCUGGUCCAAAAAGUAAAAACGGUUAUUGCAAGCAUGUUGUAAAAUGAAAGAGCAUCGUCGGCUGCUGUUUGCAGGUUAUAGCUAAAAAUGACCGCGAAGUAAAAACAAUCAUAAACUGCUCAUCAUAGUAUCCGUUACGUAUUUUUCUUUUAUGAAGUUAGAUGUACAAUUUGUUUAAUUCGAUGUCACAUACCAGUUUGAUGUUUCAUGUAAAUUGUCUUCUAAUUCACUAACAUUUGUAUUUAUCAGGUAUAGCAGAUUAUGAUUAGUCGAUCUUUAUGUGUGUUGAAAUUGAUAGGGAUUCCAGGGGUUGAAACAACUACUUUUAAGUUAAAUAAAAUUCGGCGAAAGUUAAUUUUGACUCCAUAUUUUUAGAUUUGACCCUUAAAAAUGCUUGAUACGUGCUUGCUGUCACUUAUGUCUCUUUCUAUUUGAAAAAAUGAUGUUGAUUUCAGAUCUCCUGAUUUCUUUUGAACUGAUUUGAUUGGUAUCUUUCGUUGCUAUUUAGAGCUUGUUAUAUUGUGGGCUCUCGUCCUUCUUUGAAAACCUAUAUAUAUUCAACUAUAAGUAAACUUUCGUUGUUGGAAUGCUGUCGCAGUGUUUUUGUUUUGUUUGUUUUUUGUUUGUGUAUUCAUUUUAAUGUAGAUAAGAUGUAUAUUUUUUAUCUAUCAUAGGUUGUAUAGUGUCCCAACAUAUUUCAUCCCAUUUUAAAGUUUGAUGACUGAUACAAAUAUAUGCAUGUUUAUAUUUGAAAGUGCUCAGAAACAUUUACACUGUAAAAAAAGUGCUCAAUUUUUGUACAUAGAUCUCAAAUGUGCCUAAAUGUAUUUUGAUAUUCAUUAAUAUUGUAAAUAUUGUUGAAAUAAUGGUUAAUUAAUAUGUUUCUUUGUUCUUUUUUUAUUUUUAAGUGAAAUUUAGUAUUUAUAUAUUUUUAGUAUGGAAUCGUUAUAUUGAUUUUUGAUUAUGAAGAAUUUUAUAGUUACAAAGUGUUUCUUGAAAAGUUUUCGUUAUACUGUUAAAAAAAAGGCAGUAUGAAGAUACUUUAACAAUUAUUUUUUUUAAUUACUCUUUCAGACAAAUACAUGAUAUUAUGGACAUACAUGGAAAUGGUGUCUUUCGUUUUUCAUUAAGUCAUCGGUUUUAAAAUAAAUGGUUUUUCUAUUUUUCACUUGUAAAAUAUUUUAUCAAAAAAAAGUUCAUUGGGACAUCAUUACAAAAAUUUGUGACAUACUUUAAGCUUGUGUCCUGACAUUAUCUAUUUAUUUAAAUUUUAAAACAGGAAGUUCCAUUUUUUUUUUCAACAGGAAAAUAAUAAGAAGAAAAGGAUUUUAUCAAAAUAUGGUUAAGAUUGAAUAUUUUUCGCGCAUUACUGAAAUGAUAAUUGUAGCUUAUUAAUUAUAUACUAAUUGUUACCUAAUCUAACCUGAAAUCUUAACGAAUUUUAAUUGUUAGUGUGUGCCUUAAUAUUAAUUGUUACAGAUGAAAAUCUAACAAACAUUUUCUGUGAUACCAGUUUGCCUUUCUGAUUUUGUAUUUUUGCAAUGUUUCUUUACAUUUAACAUUCCCUUUUAGUAAUGAUUUAAAAAUCAUUUUAUAAGGAUAUAGAUUAUUUAGUUGUUGUUUGACAUUGUUACUAGUUUUCUUGUGUCGAAGACGGCAGUCCUAACUUCGAAUUUAUCAGCUAAUGUGUUUUUACAUUAUCCCCAUUCACUCCAACUUUUCCCUUUCAUGAUCAUAUGUAAUCCGAAGGCAAAGUAAAAUUUGCCACUAGUCAUUCAUGUAUAAUAGCCGAAUAACGAAUGUUGAAUGAAAAUAUGUAACUAAGAUUUGUUUUUACUUUAAAAGACAUGAUUAGAUUCUAUAAAAAGGUGAAGUAAACAACAAAGUAAGGUUUUAAAAACUACCAGCUGGCUUAAAAUAAAGGCAACAGUAGUAUACCGCUGUUCGAAAACUCAUAAAUCGAUAGAGAUAAAAACAAAUCCGGGUUACAAACUAAAACUGAGGGAAACGCAUCAAAUAUAAGAGGAGAACAACGACACAACAAAAACACAACAUUAAAAUGUAACACACACAGAAACGAACUAUAAUAUAACAAUGGCCAUUUUCCUGACUUGGUACAGGACAUUUUAAGAAAAAAAAUGGUGGGUUGAACCUGGUUUUGUGGCAUGCCAAACCUCCCUUAAAAAAGACAAAAACAGCUGACAUUUUAAAUUUUUUGAUUUCAAUUGAAAAAAAAACAAUAGCGCAUUUCCGUGAUAUUGAUAAAAUAGUAAUCCAGCAUCGUAAUUUUCAAAUUCAGCUGUGUGUGUGUGUGUGUGUUGUUCAUCUGGCUAAUAUCUGUUUUUAGUACAAAAUAGUUUAAAAACUAAAUCCAAAAUUUACAAAUUUUUAACACAAAGGUUGUGUCAUAUGAAAUCAUCGAGUAUCACAAGUCACAACAAUUUGACCUAUGCAUACCUGUCAACUGACCCGGAUCCUGCGGGUGUGACACGAGAUUUUCACAAUUCUGAGGGGUCACCCGGAACAUCCGCCGGGUAACCAAAUAACCCGGGAAUUCGGAAAAUAACCUAUUUUCACUCGGAUUCCUAAAUAUAAGCCUUCAGACUGAUUAGAUAUAAAGUGAUUUCUAUGAAAUACCGGUAAAUUCGUAAUUCUUCCUGGACAAGUAGUUCAACUAGCUGUGUAAACUCAGCUCAAGUGACCCAUUUCAGUGCAUGGCUUCACUUGACAGCUUUGGUGUCAAACACACUGUUAAUUAACACCAAUUACCUUAGCUUUAUGUCGUAAAUAAUUUGUGUAUUUCAAAACAAUUUGAGUUACUUCCCCUUUUUUUCAAUUCACAAUAUACUCCUUAAACUUAUGUUUUUUUUUUAAAAGAUUCAAUCUAAAAUGAAUUAAAUGCAAAAACAUAUCAGAAUAAUACUUUUACUUAUUGUUCUACCUUAGAACAAUUAAAAAAUUAAAAAAUUGAAAAUUACUUUUUUCAUCUAUACCUCCUUUAAUUGUUUAACUUUAUUUUAUUAUACUCUAAUAUCAACAUCUGAUAUGGUCCAUUGUUUAAAAGUUGCACAAAUGUACAUGCAAAGAAAACACAAAUUGGCACAUUGUAUGUCAUGGAAUGAAUGUGAACAGGAAUAAAGGCAAUGUAACACAAAUCUAUCAAUGGCCUCCAAGUGCAAGAAAUAAUAAUAUGUACAAUUUUGAAUUACUUGACCAUGUGGAUAUGUUUUGGAAACUUUGAUAUAAAUUAUAAGAAAAAUGUCCCCUAAAUACUGAAAUUCAGCUCGAAAAACUUCGUACGCGUUAUGACCUGAGAUUUCAUUCUUCUAUGCAGGUCAUCACCUGCAUUUUCAUUGUCAUAGGUCGACAGGUAUGACCUAUGCCUCUAAGUUUUAUUGUUAUUUUCUUUUUAAUUCUUUUAGUGUAAAUCUUUUUCCCUCUGCAUAUCGUUUGAUGUUUUUUGCAUGUUCAUUGUUAUUCAAUGCAGUAGCUGCAGCGAUGCCUUUACAAUGAUAUUUUUUUACAUUCCUGUUUGUAUUUUGUGGUAUUUCAAAUAAAAUUAUUUAUGCAUAAAA